AUGCUAACAGAAUCUGGCAUAUUACAUUUGAAAGAAGGUCAGAGCCAACAAGCCUUUGAGAGAUUGAGUUCUGCGCUGGCCUUGGAGCCUGCAUUUCCCAAAGCACUUUUGGGCAUUGGAUAUAUCACACAGAAACAUCGUGAAUUCGACGUGGCGUUGACAAAAUAUAAAACGGCGAUCCAUUACCAGCCUGAUUCUGUGGCAUUAUGGAACAAUAUCGGGAUGUGUUUUUAUGCCAAACAGAAAUAUGUGGCGAGCUUUCUACAAUCUGGAAUAUUCCCAAAAUUGUUAAAACAAACUGAACUCACACCAAUCCAUGAAAAAGGUGAUGAGAACGAUAUUCACAAUUACAGGGCCAUUGCUGUUCUCAACUGUGUGGCUAAAUUAUUCGAGUUCAUUUUUUUCGAUAAAAUGUACUAG